AUGCAGACCGACGAGCUCAACAACUUGAACUUUACCGCUAUGCAGCGAUGCUCCUCGCUCACUGCUUCGCAAGACAGCCUGUCCCCCUCUCGCGCUCGUUCGCCGAGCUGUGCCACUUUCUUCCCAUCGACUUCUGCAGCUGAUGAGGCUAUGAGGCGCAAAGUUCCCCCACCACCUACGGUACUGUCCUCGUGGUCCAUGUUGGCUUCGUUGGUGCUCAUCUCAUGGAACGCUUCCCGUCCGCUUAUGAGGUGGUCGUUUUCGAUGUUUCCGAAAAUCGUAGCCAGUUGCUUCGAAAGGCUCACUGCUCCAAACGCAACCAUGAACGUCACGUUCAUUUAA